AUGCGGUCUAUCGAGGUAUCCGUGUUUCUGUUAUUAGCCAUCAGUUUGGCUAUGUGUAGUGAAAACGCAGUAAUUUGCUACUAUGGCACUUGGGCCACGUAUCGACAAGGAAAUGGGAAGUUUGACGUAGAAAAUAUUGAUCCUCGACUGUGUAAUCAUCUUAUUUACGCUUUCGCUGGAAUUAACAGCCAAGGUGAAGUUAUUUCUCUGGAUCCUUAUUUGGAUCUACCGGACAAUUGGGGCAGAGAUAACUUUAGGAAAUUCAAUGCCCUGAAACAGAAAAAUCCGCGAUUAAAAACUCUUUUGGCAGUUGGAGGAUGGAAUGAAGGAUCGGCAAAGUACUCCAUUAUGGCCGCUAGUACAGGAUUAAGGAGAAACUUCAUCAACAGCAUAUUAAGAAUGCUCACAACCUAUGGUUUUGAUGGUCUAGACCUCGAUUGGGAAUAUCCUAAUCGCAGAGAUACUGUUCAUGGAAAAGCGGAUAUCGAUAACUUCACACAGCUAUUGAAAGAAUUGAGAGAAGCGUUUGAUUCACAUGGCUUUCUAUUAACCGCCGCUGUAGCAGCUAUUGAAGAAAUGGCAAUUUUAUCUUAUGAUGUCCCAGCUAUAUCUCGGUACUUAGAUAUUAUAAACCUCAUGUCGUAUGAUAUGGCUGGAUCCUGGGAUCCGGUGACUGGUCACAAUUCUCCCCUACACAGAGGAGAAGGAUACGAAGAUGAUUCAAAGCCAAUAAACUGGUAUACUGUUGCUAAGUCUUUGCACUUCUGGAUAAAUUCAGGUUGCCCACCAGAAAAAUUAGCCGUAGGCGUUCCAUUUCAUGCUCGUACAUUUAGGUUGGUGAACUCUAAUAACAAUGGUGUCCGAGCGCCUGCGAAUGGAGCUGGUCUCUCUGGACCGUAUACCGUCAGCCCUGGAACUAUGGGUUAUAAUGAAUUUUGCUUCAAACUUCAAACAGAGUCAUGGACAAAGCGCUAUGACAGUUUAGCCAAAGUACCCUACGCUUUCAAAGAUAAUAAUUGGGUAUCAUAUGAUGAUCCUGAAUCGAUUGUCAUCAAAGUUGAUUACGCUAAAACUCUUGGCAUUAAUAAAGUGAUGAUGUGGAGUAUUGAAUCUGAUGAUUUUAAGGGUCUUUGUGGUGAGGGUGCUAAUCCUUUACUAAAAGCAAUUAAUCAAGCACUCGAUAAUGAAAUUGAGCAUGUUGAUAGCACAACAACUAGACCCUCUACUAUUGGUUCUGCUACUUCAACAUUAAGUUCAAGUAUAACUUCUGGGACAAGUACAACAGAAUCAGCACAACAGUAUUCCUGCAAACAAGAAGGCUUCAUACCCCAUUCUCAAAAUUGUUCAUUUUUCUACAUGUGUGUCCCGGAUAACAGGGAUGGUUUUGUAGGUGUCAAGUUUCAAUGCCCUGCUAACCUCUUCUGGAAUCAAGAGCAACUGGUCUGUGAUUGGCAUUGUCAAGUCAGAUAA